GAGAUCAAUUUAUCACUUGAGGGCUUACUGAGUAAGGUGAGUGCCCUGGUAUCUACACAGAAGACUGUUGAUGGUCCAUCAAACAAGGACUGGAGAGGUGGAAGAGCUACUGCUUCCAACAUUAUUCCUAGCAGCACUGGGGCUGCCAAGGCUGUUGGAAAGGUGCUGCCUGCACUGAAUGGUAAAUUGACCAGAAUGUCUUUCCGUGUUCCCACUGUCGAUGUUUCGGUUGUUGACCUAAUUGUUAGGUUGGAGAAGGCUGCCACUUAUGAACAGAUCAAAGUUGUUAUCAAGGAGGAGGCUGAGGGCAAUCACAAGGGGAUCUUGGGUUACACUGAAGAUGAUGUGGUGUCUAUAGACUUUGUGGGUGAUAAAAGGUCAAGCAUAUUUGAUGCAAAGGCUGGGAUUGCUCUGAAUCCAAAUUUUGUGAAGCUCGUCUCAUGGUACGACAACGAAUGCGGUUACAAGUAG